ACAAACUUUGGCCUUCAUUUUCAGCUCUAGCAGCCUGAGGCAAGAAGUCUGCAGGAGAUGGUGAACUUGGCUCGCUAGCUGAACUCGUGCAUACUUAGCAGGCACCGUCACCACAUUACAGUUGGAAGCUGAGAAAGAGGGCCUGGGUGUAGCUCAGUGGCACCGCGCCUGCCGAGGUCCUGAGUUACAUUCCUGGUACGGCCAGAAAAAGAGAAAGAAACAGAAAGAAAAACUGGAACCGGGGGCGCAGAGGCUGACGCACGGGGAAGUGCUUGUUUCCAGCCAUGCCCAGGCUGGCUGUGCAGUUCCACAGUCUCCCUCUCACCCGGGCGCCCCGACGCUCGGGCUUCCUCAGCCGAGCCUCAGGGUCGGUCACUGGCGCCAGAGACCAGAACCUCACAGCCGGAGUCGCCCCGAUGUGGGCAACCGAGGACUGUGGGCCGUGACGGCCACCGUUCCUCAGCCCUCCAGAGACCUUGUGCGCUUGAAAAGACGGCUGGCGGCCAGGACAGAGGCGAGGCCCAGGCCAGCGAGCCUCCCGUGGGCUUCCGUGUCGCACCCCUGAACCCCAAGGCCCUGGGAUCCGGAGGCCCCACUCCUGGGUCUUUACCAAAGGAGCUGAGAACGUGCAUCCACGCCCAAGCCUGCACACAAACGGCGUACAAAGGAGUCACAGUGGGCACAACCUGGGAGCAGCCAGGCCUCUUCCGUUGUUUCGAGAAGUACGAAUAAUGAAGAUAUUGAAUCAUCCUAAUAUAGUGAAAUUGUUUGAAGUUAUUGAGACAGAGAAGACCCUCUAUUUAAUCAUGGAGUACGCGAGUGGGGGUGAAGUGUUUGAUUACUUAGUGGCCCACGGAAGGAUGAAAGAGAAAGAGGCCCGUGCAAAAUUUAGGCAGAUUGUGUCUGCUGUGCAGUAUUGCCAUCAAAAAUGCAUUGUUCACCGUGACCUUAAGGCUGAAAACCUUCUCCUUGAUGCUGAUAUGAAUAUUAAAAUUGCUGACUUUGGUUUUAGUAACGAGUUCACAGUGGGGAACAAAUUGGACACAUUUUGUGGAAGCCCCCCCUACGCCGCCCCCGAGCUCUUCCAAGGGAAGAAGUACGACGGGCCCGAGGUGGACGUGUGGAGUCUCGGCGUCAUUCUCUACACGCUGGUCAGUGGCUCCUUGCCCUUUGACGGCCAGAACCUGAAGGAACUGCGGGAGCGAGUCCUGCGGGGCAAAUACCGCGUCCCCUUCUACAUGUCCACCGACUGCGAGAACCUGCUCAAGAAGCUGCUGGUGCUGAACCCAGUCAAGAGAGGCAGCUUGGAACAAAUAAUGAAAGACCGGUGGAUGAAUGUAGGUCAUGAAGAAGAAGAACUAAAGCCAUACACUGAGCCUGAACCGGACUUCAAUGAUACAAAGAGAAUAGAUGUUAUGGUCACCAUGGGCUUUGCACGAGACGAAAUAAAUGAUGCCUUAAUAAAUCAGAAAUACGAUGAAGUUAUGGCUACUUACAUCCUUCUAGGUAGAAAACCUCCUGAAUUUGAAGGCGGAGAGGCGCUGUCCAGCGGGAGCCUGAGUCAGAGGUCCCGGCCCAGCAGUGACCUCAACAACAGCACCCUGCAGUCCCCCGCGCACCUGAAAGUCCAGCGGAGCAUCUCUGCCAAUCAGAAGCAGCGGCGCUUCAGCGAUCACGCCGGCCCGUCCAUCCCCACUGCCGUGUCCUACACCAAGAGGCCCCAGGCCAACAGCGUGGAGAGCGAGCAGCGGGAGGAGUGGGACACAGACGUGGCCCGGAAGCUGGGCAGCAUCACGGUCGGCUCCAAGAGCGAGGUGACGGCCAGCCCCCUCGCGGGCCCCGAGAGGAAGAAGUCCUCCACCAUGGCCAGCAACAACGUGUAUACUGGAGGCAGCAUGGCGAGAAGGAACACGUACGUCUGCGAGAGGACCACAGACCGGUACGCCGCGCUGCAGAACGGAAAAGACAGCAGCCUCACAGAGAUGUCUGUGAGUAGCAUUUCCUCGGCGGGCUCUGCCGGGGCCUCUGCUGUCCCCUCCGCCCGGCCUCGCCACCAGAAGUCCAUGUCUGCGUCUGGACACCCGAUCAAGGCCACGCUGCCGACCAUCAAAGACGGCUCUGAAGCGUACCGGCCCGGGUAAUGUUCUCCCCCAGCUGUGUUCUGUGUUGUUUUAGAGACUUCGUGCUAUUUGGAUACACAGCAGAGAGAAUCCGAGGGCAACAUACACUUCUAAAUCUGUCCUUUCAUAACAGUGUUACUGGCCGAUUUACCACUGCAGGAAACUGAAAUUUCUGCUAAUGAAACGUACACGAAGCAGUCCCCGAGACCUCUGGCUCCUCCCUGCUACCCUUAGAAUUAGGGACACGAUGAACUCCCAGACUCUGUGCAGGCAUAAAAAUACCUGCCGCUGUAUUACGAGUUCUCAAACUUCAGAACAUUUUAACCUUUCAUAAGUGGAUUUUUGUUAGCCAUGUUCUUAGGGCCAGGUAGCCUUGUGCUAU